AUGAAAAUCUUCUUCAUCAUCAUCUUCUUCCUCCUCCGAUCUUGCGUCGGAGGAGCCAACGAUACAAUCAUGAGAAGACAGUCCUUGAGAGAUGGUGAUGUCAUAGUCUCUGAAGGAAAGAGAUUUGCCUUUGGAUACUUCAGUCCUGGGAAUUCCAAGCUUCGGUAUGUUGGUGUUUGGUAUGCUCAAAUGAAUAAGCAGACUGUUGUAUGGGUUGCAAACAGAGACCAUCCUAUUAAUGACACAUCUGGUCAUAUAAAGUUCAACAGCGGAGGGAAUCUCUGUGUCUAUGCAUCAGCUAAUGAAACAGAGCUUAUAUGGUCAACUAAUGUGUCAGAUAGGAUCUUGGAGCCAUCUUUAGUUGUUGCAAGAGUCUCUGAUUCAGGCAACCUUGUACUUCUUGAUCCUGUCACAGGGAGAGUUUUCUGGGAGAGCUUUGAUCAUCCUACAGACACUUUCCUUCCCUUUAUGAGAUUAGGUUUCACGAGAAAAGACGGUUUGGAUCGCUUUCUAACAUCAUGGAGAUCUCCUGACGACCCUGGCUCCGGAAACUAUACAUUGCGGUUGGAACGUAGAGGGUUUCCACAAACGAUGAUGUACAACGGUCUGACUCCGCUGUGGCGUGGAGGUACAUGGACGGGACAGAGAUGGAGCGGUGUCCCUGAAAAGACACUCAAGUCUAUCUUCAACAUCUCCUUUGUGAACAAUCAAGACGAAGUAUCAAACACUUACGGUGUGUUAGAUGCUUCAGUCGUAACAAGGCUGGUGCUGAGCGAGGCAGGGAUCUUGCAACGGUUUACGUGGAACGGAAGGGAAAAGAGGUGGAUAGGGUUAAGACCAAAUCCUCAAGAGCAGUGCGACGAUUACGCUUAUUGUGGACCUAAUGGUUACUGCGAUCCUUUGAGUAGAGACACGUUUGAGUGCAUAUGCUUACCUGGUUACAAACCAAAGGCGCCAGGGGAUUGGAAACUGAGAGAUCCUUCAGGUGGGUGCACAAGGAGAGAUACAACUUCAGUGUGCCGUGGGAGAGAAGGGUUUGUGAAGUUGAAGCGUGUGAAGAUUCCAAACACAUCAGCUGCAAGUGUGGAUAUGAACGUAACAUUGAAGGAAUGCGAAGUGACAUGCUUGAGGAACUGCAGUUGUGUUGCUUACGCAAGUGCUUACUACGAGAGUGAAGGAGGACCAAGAGGGUGCUUGACGUGGCACGGUGAUAUGUUGGACACGAGGACAUACUCGAGCUCGGGACAAGAUCUCUUUGUACGCGUAGAUAAGGCAGAGUUAGAGCGUUGGAACAGAAAUGGAUCAUCAAGGAAGAGGAGACUCUUUCUGAUACUCAUCAGUUUAAUUUUAGCCGUAAUGUUACUAAUGGUCAUUUUCCUCUGUUUUGUGAGGAAGCGACAAAAGUCUAAGAGGCACAAAAGAUCUUCAAAAACAUUCGCCCCAAGUUAUAUUGAUUUUGGAGAAUCACUCAGAUUUGAAGAGCUUCAGGACAAGGCAAGAAAUCGGGAGUUACCUCUCUUUGAGCUUACCACAAUCGCUGCAGCGACAGACGAAUUCUCUUUUCAAAACAAGCUUGGAGAAGGUGGCUUUGGAUCCGUUUAUAAGGGCGUGUUGGAGAAUGGAAUGGAGAUAGCGGUGAAGAGGCUAUCAAAAAACUCGGGCCAAGGAGUGGUAGAGUUCAAGAACGAGGUCAAGUUGAUAUCAAAGUUGCAGCAUCGGAAUCUUGUGAGGAUCUUAGGAUGUUGUGUUGAACUGGAUGAAAAGAUGGUGAUAUAUGAGUAUCUACCAAACAAGAGCCUAGACUAUUUCAUAUUCCAUGAAGAGCAGAGAGCGAUGUUGGAUUGGCCAACAAGAAUAGACAUAAUCCGCGGGAUUGCUCGCGGAAUAUUGUAUCUUCAUCAUGAUUCAAGACUGAGGAUCAUCCAUAGAGACCUUAAGGCCAGCAAUAUACUUCUUGACAACGAAAUGAUCCCUAAGAUUGCUGACUUUGGCAUGGCUAGAAUCUUUGGGGGCAAUCAAAUCGAAGGAAGCACGAACCGGGUCGUUGGAACAUAUGGAUAUAUGUCGCCGGAGUAUGCAAUGGAUGGGCAAUUCUCCAUAAAGUCCGACGUGUACAGCUUCGGAGUGUUGAUCUUAGAGAUCAUAACCGGAAAGAAAAACAGCGGUUUCAAAGAUAAAUUUUCCAAUCUAUUCGGACAUGUUUGGGAUCGAUGGGAAAAGGGUGAAGUAACAGAGAUCAUAGAUAAAUCAAUGGACGCAGAGACUUAUGAUGAGAGCGAAGUGAUGAAGUGCAUACACAUUGGGUUGCUUUGUGUGCAAGAAAUCGUUUCGGAUAGACCAGACAUGCCUACUGUUGUGUUAAUGUUGGGACAUAACGCCAUUGAUCUUCCAUCUCCGAAGCAUCCUGCGUUUAUGACCAGGAAGAGGAGAGAAAGUAAUGACGGCGGCAGCUCCUCCGGCGUUUGGCUCAGCGGAGAAAACGGCAUUUCUGUUAAUGACGUCACUCUCACUUCUGUUUAUGGCCGUUAA